UGAAACGUCGUCUGAAUUCCCAUCAGUCCAGGCUCCCUUCCAUGGAACCCCGCCCCUUCGCGCUCCACCGCCGCUGAAGCAUCACUAGUUAGCUUUUAGCAAUGUUGUGCUGUUGACGAUUGUUGGGUAGCUAACUUCUUACUUAAGUGUACAGUUCCAGACUUUGUACACGCUGGUGACCAAACUUAAAUCCAGGAUGUGCUCCGUCGUCGGGUGUGAGUCAUGGCGUCGCAGAGCUCAACACUUCAUUCUUCCAGCAGACCCAGAGAGGAGACUGGAGUGGGUCCAGUUUCUCUUCGAAGUCAAUGGUCAGAGACUUAAAGAAACCUCGUGGACUGAUAUCCGUGUUUGCAGUGAACACUUCACAAGUAACUGUUUUCUAACAGUGACUCGAGCUGCUGGUUCGACCCAGCUAAAAUCUGAUGCUGUACCGUCAGUGUGUUCGCCUGACGAACCAGAGUCCAAACAGGAUAUUAUUCAGCCCAAAGGCACCGCUUGUGAAUACCAACUUAACAAAUGCCAUGGUCCAACUCCAGGAUCUUCAACAUUAAACAAAGAGGAGAACUGCUAUUUAACAAGCGUCCCUGCAAGCCCAGCAUCAAGCGAGGCCUCUGAAUCUUCAUCGUCAGAUUAUUGUAAGAUGCUGGAAAAAAUCGAAAACCUUGACAUUAUCAAGGAAAAAGUUAGCAUGCUUCGGACUAGUAAGAGGUACAUUGUGAAUGAAAAGCAGCUCCUCCGGCUGUUCUGUGCCACUUGCCCCGUGUGUCAAUCUGAAGUAAAAACGGAGAAAGUGGUCUGUGGAGUCCUCUUAGUCCUGAACCAGCAGUGCCGGCAGUGUGGCUACAAGAACCACUGGAAGAAUCUGACCCAAAACAGCAUUACUGCAAUGUCAGAGGAUCAUCAGACCAAAUGCAUGGAAAUAUUUUUAGAGGCAACAUCUACAAAGACAGCAGAGAUCGCUGAGAAUGUCGAAGUUGUUGACGAGGAGAGUGAUCACACCAUAGAAACGGAGGAAUCCAGCAAUCCGGGCGAGGUCAAGGACUCGGACGACAGCUGGGACCCGGAGACAGAGGACAGCUGGGACCCGGACGACGAGCUUUCAGUUUUGGAGUCUGAGAACGAGAGCUCUGACGAAGAAGUCCACAUGCACGGCAGUCUGAAGGACCGGGAGCUCUGCACAGACUGUGGGAUGUUUUUUGUAAAACGAAAGCCUCACACCUGCGAGUAUAAAAUUAAGCCCUUCUCUUGCAACACCUGCGGGAAGAGGUACGCCACUGACCAAGCCUUAACUCUUCACAACAGGGUGCACAGUGCAAACUAUGAGCAUUCUUGCAAAUACUGCCGCGUUGGGUUUAAGACAAAAGUGGCCAAAAAGGCCCACGAGCAGACCCACUUAAAUGAAAGCGAUCCUUUUAAAUGUCCCGAAUGUCCGGAGACGUUUGCCACGUACACGAAGCGCAAAAACCACAUGAGGAGACACUUGAAGCCGGGGCCGCUGAAAUGUCCCGUUUGCGGGAUCGAAUUCUUUUGGGCUGUGGCUCUCCAGAGACACUCGAUGGUGCAUACGGGGGAAAAACCGUUCGCGUGCUCGGUUUGCCAGCGUGCCUUCAAGCAGCCCAGCCAUCUGAAGUCCCACAUGCGCCUGCACACGGGGGAGAGGCCUUACAAGUGUAAACAGUGCGACAAAUGCUUCAAUCACAACGUGAGCUUGAAGAGUCACGUCCGGCGUUACCAUCAACAGAAAACGACAAACCCGAAGGGAUGCGCCGAUGGUGACCCCGAAGUAGAGGAGGCGCAGCUUGCAGAAAAGGAGACGAAAACUCGGAGAAGGACAGGGAUAACCCUCACAGGUAGACCGGUCGGGAGACCUAAGAAGAACCACAGAGUCACAAUGACCGAACAAAAGAACGACUCUGGCCGAGCCGGUAAACCAAAGACGGCCAAAGUAAGAAAGCGAAAGCCAAAGAAAAAGCCGUCUAGCAGUGAAGAAGAGGAGGAGGAAGAGGAGCUGAGCGAAAGUGAGCAAUCCUUGGACUUAAUGGAAGAAGAGGAGCAGUAGCAGAAUGAAGAUGUGGGAUCAGGCUUGUAAAGAGAAAACUCAGAGUUUGACCUGACAGAAAUGGCAUCUGUAAGAGUUCAAGAAGCCCCAGAAAACAAUGUUGAGGAAGCUUAAAUUAUGACUCAGUUAGGACCAAAUUCUCCUUUUGCAGAUGUGGAGUUAGUAAUCUUUGGUAACAAAAGGCAAUUCUCAGGUCAUUUAGCAUGGUAUAAAUCAUUUUUGAGAUGCUGUUUUUUUUUUUUUUUUUUUUUUUUUAAGGGGAA